UCCUUCAAUUUACUGUUAUGAUUAUUCAAUAUUGCUUUUAAUCUGUUUUUAAUUGUUCAAAUUUUAUACUUUUUUAUCUAUUUGUUGAAUUAACUAAUAAUUAACUAUCUUUAUUAUGUUAGAUUUGUUUGGUAAUGUCUUUGGAAGAAGCAAACGAACUGUUCAAGGAUCAAACUCUGAUAGAGCUGAAGGCUCAAGUGACGAUGUUGAUAAAAAUAUGAUUGCUUCUACAGUCAACCCAAUAUACCCGAGAUUCCCUGGCAAUUUUAAUCCAUCGACUGGACCAGAUUUCAAGACAUCAGUACGAACUAAAACAAUGGAAAGGCAAUUAUCAUCCAAUUACUCUCCAAUAGAUGGAAUACCAUUUGUUAAUGGGCCUACAUUAAAGUCAAGCUAUGGUGGGAUCAAUCAAUCCAUAAAUUUAGACGAUUGUUUCCAUACAAUAGAUAAAAUCGGAGUUUUCUUGAGUACACCAUCUUUAUCUAAUUGCGAUUUAUACCUUGAAAAGCAAUUUCUAGUGCAAUAUCAGUGAUAAAUUUCAGUCAAUAUUUGGAAAAUGAAUAUUUAUCAAAAAUGAAAGUCAUGUCAAUAUCCAUCGCCCCAUAUUUAUAAUUUUUAUACAAUAACAUUGUUAUCAUGAAAUUUUAAUUCUAUCAUUUUGCCCAAUAGUGAACCUCAAGCCAUUUCAUCAUAUUGAAUGAAGAUGAACUUGAUGAAGCAAAAUUAUAAAUAAAUUGCUAAUUUUUGUUUCUCCUGAUUAAA